GUUGGAGUUUUUCAGUGUUCUUCGACGGGUGUGAAAAAUCAUUGGUGGUGCGCAAAUAUUAAAUUAGAUUCGAAAAUAUAAACGCAAAAUGUCUGGCAAAGAUAGAUUACCGAUUUUCCCGUCGCGUGGCGCCCAAAUGUUGAUGAAGGCACGUCUGGCUGGCGCCCAGAAAGGUCAUGGCCUUUUGAAGAAAAAAGCUGAUGCGCUGCAAAUGCGUUUCCGUAUGAUUUUGGGUAAAAUCAUCGAAACCAAAACUGUGAUGGGCGAUGUUAUGAAAGAGGCUGCCUUUUCGCUGGCCGAGGCCAAGUUCACGUCCGGUGAUAUCAAUCAGGUGGUUCUCCAGAACGUGACGAAGGCACAAAUCAAAAUUCGCACCAAGAAGGACAACGUUGCGGGCGUUACGCUUCCCGUCUUCGAGUCCUAUCAGGAUGGCGGUGACACCUACGAGUUGGCUGGCUUGGCUCGGGGUGGCCAGCAGCUGGCGAAGCUCAAGAAGAAUUACCAGAGCGCUGUCAAGCUGCUCGUGGAGUUGGCAUCGCUGCAAACAUCAUUUGUCACUCUCGACGAGGUCAUCAAGAUCACCAAUCGUCGUGUGAACGCUAUCGAGCAUGUCAUCAUCCCACGUAUUGAUCGCACACUUGCCUACAUCAUCUCCGAGCUGGACGAGUUGGAGCGUGAGGAGUUCUAUCGCCUGAAGAAGAUCCAAGACAAGAAACGAGAGGCGCGUCAAAAGGCGGAUGCUAAGAAAGCAGAGCUGCUGCAGCAAGGAAUCGAUGUGCGUGAACAGGCUAAUAUACUCGAUGAGGGCGAUGAUGAUGUGCUCUUCUAAAAACGAAGUAUUACUCCACUCGGUUUACUCGUAUUCGUGUGUGUAUUCCAGCAAUAUAUUAUUGUUACAACUUGUUUCUGUUUCCAUUUUAAAUUCGCAAAAUAAUGAAUUAUUGUAUGUAAUUGAAGCUACUUAAGCUAAAAGUAUAUAGUCGUAAUUCCAAUAAGAAAAAAACAAAUGUAUGUAUUCCAUUUUGUAGUUAUGUAGCGCUCAAAAAUCAUGCAUUAAAGUCUCUUUUGUUGUUCCAUAGAAUACAAA